AUGCCCUUGCUCUCAUUUCGUUGUGAAAAUCAGUGUCUACUUCUUUACUGCAGAAAUUGUCAGCAACUGUCCAGGGAUAAAUUUCCCAUUGUCAAAGAUGAAAAAAAAUCUCAGCUUGAAAGGGUGACAAUCUUCAAUAGACUUGUGUCUUUACUCUGCUGCAUUGUGACUAGCACAUAUGGCUGGAUGGCCAACAUGGAAUGCACCAUGAAAGCCCAGGCACUUCGGGACAACUCUACAAGGGGCUACAUCAUGGCCAAGAAGCACCUGGAGAUCAACCCCGAUCACCUGAUUGUGAAGAUGCUGUGGAAGAAGGCUGAGGCAGAUAAGAAUGACAAAGCCAUCAAGGAUUUGGUGGUGCUGUUGCUUGAAACUUUUCUGCUCUCUUCUGGUUUCUCCCUUGAGGAUUAUGAAUCCAACUGCAUCUACUACCCCAUGAUCAAGCUGGCCUUAGGCAUUGAUGAAGAUGAAGAGACAGCUGAGGAACCUAGCGCUACUGUUCCUGAUGAGAUUCCCCCACUUGAGAAUGAUGAGGAUACAUGUCUCAUGGAAAAAGUUGAUUAG